GUCUGUGUGUCGACCCGGCGGCGUUCCGGCUGCGCGGGGUGACCCGGGGGCAGGAAGUGCCGGCGGCUCCUCCCUGCGCCCUCCCGCUCCCUCCUCCUCCUCGCCCAUGUCCAUUCCAAGAUGGCCGGGAUCCCUUUGUAUUUUGUGGAUUUGCAGGAUGACUUAGAUGAUUUUGGGUUUGAAGAUUAUGGACCAGACUGUGAUAGCAUGAGGAUAACGGCAUUCUUGGAUAUUCCUGGACAGGAUAACUUAACUCCACUGGCUCGUCUAGAAAAAUAUGCCUUCAGUGAUAACAUAUUUAACAGGCAAAUUAUUGCCAGAGGUCUUUUGGAUGUCUUUCGAGAUUUCAGUAACAAUGAAGAAGACUUCCUGACUGUAAUGGAAAUAGUAGUCAGGCUCUCUGAAGAUGCAGAACCAACUGUACGCACAGAGCUGAUGGAACAAAUACCUCCUAUUGCCAUUUUUCUGCAAGAAAGUCGACCAAAAUUCCCAACAGCAUUCUUUGAGUACCUUAUGCCCAUAGUAGUGAGAUACCUCACAGAUGUUAACAAUCAGGUUAGAAAGGCAGGUCAAGAAGCACUGCUUAUACUGCUGGAGCAAGAUCUUAUUGCUCAGAGUGACAUUGAAAAUAAGGUGUGUCCCAUUCUGUUGGACCUCUCUGCUCCUGACAGUGAUGAUGAGUACAAGGUGGAAGCUGUGAACAUAAUAUGUAAAAUGGCUUCUAUGUUGAGCAGAACGACAGUUGAGCAAAUGCUGCUUCCUCGUUUCUGUGAACUGUGCAGUGAUGGGAAGUUGUUUCAAGUCAGAAAGAUUUGUGCAGCUAAUUUUGGUGACAUUUGUAAUGCAGUUGGGCAAGAAGCCACAGAAAGACUGCUGAUUCCCAAGUUCUUUGAACUCUGUUCCGAUAGUGUUUGGGGAAUGAGAAAAGCUUGUGCUGAGUGCUUUAUGGCAGUGUCCUACACCACAUCCCCAGAAGUUCGCAGAAGCAAACUGUCCCCGCUGUUCAUCAGCCUCAUUAGUGACACUUGCAGAUGGGUUCGUCAGGCUGCUUUUCAGUCUCUCGGCCCAUUUAUUUCUACCUUUGCAAACCCUUCAAGUGCUGGUCUUUACAUUCGGGAAGAUGGGUCGCUGAGUAUCCGGCCAUUGAUGCAAGAUGUGAAUUCCAACUCCUGCCAGCCCAGCAACAACAUCACUUUAGUGCCCUCCACUACAAACGCCACGUUGCCCAGUUCAGAACAACCAGUGGAAAUCAAACCAGAACCAUCGACUGAGGAGACUUCAGCUGAAGUUAAUACAAAGCUCUCAGUUGAGAACCUAAGUAAAGAUACGCAGGAAGAAAGUUCAGAUUGUUGUACCAGUCCUGGAGAAGAUGUGUCUCGAUUGUCUCAGGGUGACAGAGUUGCUGCUGGUGUCAUAGAAGUCACUAAGGACAGCAGUUUUCCUGGAAUGAACUCAAGGCUACAGUCUGCUGAGGACGUAUUUAAUACUUUUCUGUAUUGGCGCCCUCCUCUGCCUGAUAUAAGUCAGGAUCUGGAGUUGCUUCAGUUCAAGACUGAAAAGCACAAAGAUAGCUGUUCUGUGCCGUGUAAUAACUGUGUUGCUAGUAGUGAAAUUAAAAAAGUUCUAGAAAGCUUACAAGAGCACAUAGAUGAUCCAGAUGUUCAAGCUCAGGUCCAAGUGUUGUCUGCUGCUCUCAGAGCUGCUCAGUUCGAUUCUGUUGGUGACUGUGAGGCCAAGAAACUUGAAGAAAGCAGUGGCAAACUUCAGCCCAAAACCACUUCAGAUGAAGUGGCUGUUUCAGGUGGUACCUGCAGCCAGGCAGAGGAGGACGUGCUUUCAUCCCCUGCCUCCCAGGACGACCCCAGGGACCUGUCUGCCAGCGGUGCACAGAGCAGCACAGAUUUGGAGGAACCACGCAGAGGAACCAGUGUAUUUUUAAAGAAAGAGCAAGAAAAUAAUCCACCACUUGAAGAUGACAAGUCAAAAUUGCAGGAUAUCAUACCUCAGCCUUUGCUGGACCAGUACUUGUCGAUGACGGACCCGGCUCGAGCCCAGACCGUUGAUACAGAAAUAGCCAAGCACUGUGCCUACAGCCUGCCUGGGGUGGCCUUGACACUGGGCAGGCAGAACUGGCACUGCCUGAAGGAUACCUACGAGACGCUGGCCUCUGAUGUACAGUGGAAGGUCCGUCGCACGCUCGCCUUCUCCAUACACGAGCUGGCUGUUAUCCUGGGGGACCAGCUGACAGCUGCUGACCUGGUGCCCAUUUUCAAUGGGUUCUUGAAAGACCUGGAUGAAGUUCGCAUUGGUGUCCUUAAACAUCUGUAUGACUUUCUAAAGUUACUUCAUGCAGACAAAAGGCGAGAGUAUCUUUACCAGCUUCAAGAAUUUGUGGUGACUGAUAACAGCAGGAACUGGAGGUUUCGUUACGAGCUGGCAGAGCAGCUGAUCCUGAUCCUGGAGCUCUACAAUCCCAAUGAUGUCUAUGAUUACUUACGGCACAUCGCGCUCACGCUCUGCUCCGAUAAAGUCUCUGAAGUUCGGUGGAUCUCCUUCAAACUGGUGGUAGCAAUUCUACAGAAGUUCUAUGCAAACAAUGCAAAUGCACUGGGAUUGAAUUUCAUUAAUGAACUCGUUGUGCGGUUUCGUCACUGCUCCAAAUGGGUUGGAAGACAAGCGUUUGCCUUCAUUUGUCAGGUUGCAGUGGAAGAAGAGUGCAUGCCUGUCGACCAGUUUGUUGAACACUUACUCCCCAGUCUUUUAAGUCUGGCUUCAGAUCCGGUGCCAAACGUGAGGGUCCUGCUGGCCAAGGCUCUGCGGCAGACGCUGUUGGAGAAAGCUUAUUUUAAGAGUGUUGGCAAUCCUCACCUAGAGGCUGCAGAAGAGACUGUUCUAGCCCUGCAGUCUGACAGAGACCAAGACGUGUCCUUCUUUGCCACCAUCAAACUCAAGCAGGGUAACACGGACAGCACCGCCAUUGAAAAACACAACUAGUGUGUUCUGUAGACACUGAACAUCAGUGUUUGGCCUCAUGGGCAUGGCCAGGAUGAAUAAUGGGGACAAAUAAGGAGGUUUUUGUUACCGAUGUGAGCUGGAAAGGGUCUAUUGAGAAACGUUGCAAUUUUCAUCUUGUGAGCACCUUUCUCUGCAGCUGUGUCUGUCUGAUACACACGAGUGAUUAAUGCCGCUUUUUACUGUGUAAAUGCGGGUGAUAACUCUGAUCUGGUGUGCAGUGAAGUGUUGUGUGUAAGGUCUCACACCACACAGUGUUUCAGUGUCAUGGGAAUUCAUAUUUCAGCUUCUCACAAAAUAUUUCCAGUAGUAGAGCAGUCUGCUAUAAGCUUUAAAAUGGUUUCAAAAUCUUAAACUUGAUCAUAGAAAACUUACAUUAAGAUAUUCUUUCCUUCUAUUAUAGGCUUGUAUUGUUUCAAGUAUUUACUGGAAAAAAAAAUUACAUAUGUGAAUAACUUCAAAUUUUAACAAAAAAGGAUGAAGAACUUAAUUCUGUGUCAGUGGAAAAAAGCUCAAAAAUCAUUUCACUUUAUGGAGUAGUUACUCUGCUAGAAAUAAGGCAUGGUUCAUUUUUACUUAAUAUAAUGUGAUGUUUUUCAAAGCACAGAGAGCUUAAGAUGCUUUAUAUUGUGGCUCUUCUAUUAAUUUGUUAUUUCUGAGCUAUACCCCUAGAGCAGGUAACACCUCUGUUUCGUUACUGCCAGCUCUGAGACUCAGAGCAGGAGAUGACUUUAUGGCCCAGACUGAGAAUCGCUCCUCCUGCCCCAGCACAGUCCUGGUGUUGAAGGGGCUCAGCUGGGGCUGGAUCUGUAGGGAGGGGGGCAUUAUACAGUUUUACAGACUCAUGGUCUUGGUUGGGUUUUUUUACAUCAUUUGAAAAACACCUUGAAACUGGUCCAAGACCCCAGGCAGCUCCCCAUCUCCACAUUCUGACACCCCCCAAGUGGCAAGUCCUCAGGGGAAGGAGGUGCUGCUCUUUGACUUCUGGCUGAAGGGUGCGGUCUGGGGCAAACAGCAGGGGAACUGAGGUCCUUGGGCUCCAGGAGGAUGUUUUCUGUGUGGUGUUCAGGUGUUUUGGAAGAAAAAAGGAACACAAAGAACACAGUUCUGUUAAUAAAAUGGGAUAGCUUCUGACCAGUUAGAAAAAUUACAAAGCUAGGAUUUUUUUUGUGGAUCCUGUCUUCUGUUCUGUCCCAAAUCUGCAGAUAAUGUGGGGCCUGGAAAAUAGUCUUAGGUUUUUUAGAUUGUGGAUUGGACCUUUGUCCUGUUUAAAACCUAAUGCUUAAAUACUAAAGGAAUGGUUUCAUGUAAUAACAGUUACUUUCUCUCUGUGAUCACAACACUUAUCACCAAUAGACCCUUGUAAAUAGUUCCCCUUAUUUCACUGCUGCACUAGUGAGUAGUUCACAUGGGUGAAGACUUUAAAAGAAAUUACUUGGUUCUUUUUUGUUUAGUUUUGAAUCUGGCUUGUCUGCAAUAGAGCCAGUAGGUUCCUCAGCUGGAUUCUGUAAUUUUGGAGGGCUCAGUUUUGUUGAAGUUUAACAAGUCUUGUAUUAUACCGUGUACAGUAUUUGUAACAAUUGUUUUCUCCUGAGAUUGCAGAAGCUCUGGGAAGCUGCAGGCGGAGCUGUGCCUCUGCUGUCGCUGCCGGGACACAAACAGCAUGAGCUCUCUGAACUCUGCAACCUUCUACCCUUAAUUUUUUACAAUUUUUUUAUAAUUUAAAACAAAUGCUUCUUCAGUACAGACUUUUUAUGAUUGCAACUUCUUAACAAAAAGAUCUCUCAAGUUAGUUUUUUCUAGUUCUAGUAUCUUUUUCUAAUGCUGGCAUUAUACUAGUAUUUUCUAACAGUUCAAAUUUUCUAAGGCCUUUCUGACAAGGUUUUACUUCUGUUUUUUAUCAGUUCAUUAAAUUUCUCAGCACUGAACACAUUUUUUUAAGUGUGUGUAUAUGUAAGUAUGUUUGAAAUGUACUGUAUAUAAAUUAAAUACUUUGAACGUUAACCCAACCCAGGACUCCGUUUAUCAGAUAAUCUUAAAUAGUUAAUCUUGCAAUAAUCCCCUGGAACACACAAGCUUCCCUGUCCUUUAGCGUGUUUGGUUGGUGUUCAUCAAGAGUUUGUCAUUAGAACGUCACCAGUUAAAACCCUAGUUGUAGAAUUUCACUAAAUAGCUCAACAAAGUUUGCUUUUGACAGUGUUUUGGUACCUCUCUGGCUCCAGGAAUCACCUCUGCUCUGAUGGUGUGGUUCCAGUGGAAUGACUCAAGGUGGGUUGAACCCCUGCAGGGGCAGAUGCAGCACCAACGGGGCAUCGCAGGUCGGGGGGGGUGCAGGCAACGUGCGGGUCUGGAAACAGAUUUACCUCAACAAGGUUUGUCUUUGCUUUAGUUUUAAAUUAGAAGUGAUUUCAGCAUGAGUAAAGACUGCACUUUACGUCUUGUACUAGACAAAUGUAUGCAAUGAUGAGUAACGCGGUGUGUUCACAUACAAUUCUCUGGGCUGUUUAAAUUAUGCAAAAAUAUGUAUUUUAAAAGCCAGGAGGAGCAAAGUUAGGUCGUUGAUCCACUUCCACAACAGUGGUAAGAUACCACUUGUAAAAAUUUCUAGCUAAGGAACAUGAAAACAAGGUUAGUGGGUGCAAUAUUGCUCUGAUGCCAGAGGACAUUAUCAGGCACUCAUGAUCCAAAGUGUGUUGGUGUUUCCUGGAGCUCGGGCUGGGUGGGGUCUGAGGUGUGACACCCCCUCGGUGGGGUCCAGCACUGGUCUCUGCACAGCGUUUGGGGACACUCUGGAAGUGUCAUUCAUUUGUCAGAAUAGAGAAUCUAUGUAACUUUGUAUUUAUCUCAAUAAAUCCUGUGACUGUUUUAUAAA